AUGCAAACCACAACAAUCCGAAGGCGGACAUUCGGAUUGAUUGCUUUGUGCCUGAUACUACUGAUUACAGGAAUCUACUUUCAUCACACAUCAUACGAUCCAACAAAAGAUAAUGAUUGGAAGUUUUUUGAGAAAGCCAGUAAAAAGCCUGAUCAGCCACCGCCGAACUCCAAACCAGACUAUGAUAAAGAAAAUAUAUGCGCUAAUGCUAAUAUUGAAUUACUAACAUCCAGUAAAGAAAAUUGGAAUGGAUUGUCAACAAAGGCAAUUGUAUUAGAAAAAGAUGGUACCUAUACUUCCCAGGAUCAACUGAUUAAGGAAGGAGACUAUCGCUGUGUCGCUGUCCUGCUUGUACCAAUGCCAGCUACUUCCACUAUCAGCCCCGAGGACCAUGUUGGCCUAGCAGAUAGCAUCAUCUUGAAUGCUGUAGGAUACAAUAUCACUAUACCAAUUUACCUGAAGCAAGACCCUAAACAUGCAAAUGUAUAUAUCGCUUCUGUUCGAUUUACGCAUGCAGAUAUCUACACUCUUGAUGGAAUUACCGAAUAUAGAUCCUACUUUUGGGAGGAACCUACCCACCAUUCCUAUCAGCCAGAAUCAUUUAAAUCAGAUAAUGUUAUCAAGGUACUAUCUCAAGAGGUACAACCAAUCUUACCAGCGUGCGAUAUGAGAAAGCCUGAGAAUAUUGAAGGCAGCUGGAUGAACAAAGCCGCUUUCCAACACACCUACCCAUUGGAUUUUUAUGGCAUGUUUGGUCCAUUACAAGAAGAUCAUGCCAACGAUGGAUAUCUUUAUGUACCUGAUAAAUGUCGUAUGGAAUAUAUUGGCGUUGGGCAAGCAGCUGCUUGCUUUCAAGACAAGAUUGUACACGUUUGGGGUGAUGGCAACUUGAGAAGAAACCUAAAGUCGUUUAGUAAUGCCAAUCGAUGGUGUAAUGAUCUGAUAGAACCAGAAAACCCUUGUAUAUGCGAUGACGACGACGAAGACCCGACCCACACGCUCUACCCUUGGGCUGUUGACCCCUCUGUACCGUUGAAAAUCAAUUCUACUUGGUACAGCAAUGCAGAUUUUUACUUUAAUAAUGUUGAUAGCAUUGUAUCCAAUGAUUGGAAGACUGUACUGGAGGCUCAAGUCGGAAAAACACCAAAGGCAGAUCUUGUAAUACUUGGAUUAGGAAAUGGCGACAUUCCCUUAAGCAGUGUCACGCCUAUUCAAUUUGAGAAAACAUUCUCAGAGCUACUCUCUUAUGUUCUCGAAAAAAUUUACCCUCAUCAAACUAUCAUCCUAAGGACGCCACAAUUUUUCUGCUGUGCUAACAUUCAUACUACAUCAUGGAAUCUCGGGCGAAGCAAUGAAUUUGCCUUGGCUGUCCGUAAUGCAGCCCAAAGGCAUGGUAAUCGUGUUUUACUCUGGGACGUUCAUAAGCUUGGUACAACAGAUAAUACAUGUAGAUCUGUGGGAAAGCCUUACUCUAAACGAGGUGUAGUUACUCUCGAGAAUCUUUUGUUAUGGAAUCUUGUCUGUGGUGCUUGA